AUGGGCUACUUAAUGGCCAAGAACCUACGUGCCAAAAUUCCAGCUACUGACACGCUGAUUGUGCGUGAUGUGAAUGAGAAUGCCACGACGAGGUUUGUGGAGGAGACAAAGGAGGCUGCGAAAAGCAGUGGUGCUGCAGAUGGCGCAAUGAAGGUCGAGGUCGCCCAGAGUGCUCGAGAAGUUGCAGAGCAGUCGACCGUUAUGAUAACCAGUUUGCCGGAGCCAGAACACGUCAAGGAUGUCUUCCAUUCGAUCAUGAAGCACGGUGGCCUACCCGCUCUGGAGGAAGAGCGCCUGUUCAUUGAUACAUCAACCAUUGACCCCGCCUCGUCGAAGGAGAUUGCGAACGCAAUUCACACGACACGGACAGGGCGCUUCGUCGACGCUCCUAUGUCAGGAGGAGUAGUAGGUGCUCACGCAGGUACAUUAUGUUUUAUGUUCGGAGCAUCGUCUCAAACAGGCCAGCUCGUCGAACGCGUGAGAGCGGUUCUAAUGCUUAUGGGAAAGAAGGCCUGGCAUCUGGGACCUCCCGGGGCAGGCGUAUCGGGGAAGCUUGCCAACAACUACAUCUUGGCUAUAAACAACAUCGCAACAGCCGAGGCCAUGAAUCUCGGAAUUCGCUGGGGCCUGGAUCCCAAAUCUCUCGCAGACAUGAUCAAUACCUCCACCGGCCGCUGUUGGCCAAUGGAAGUCAACAACCCUGUUCCUGGCGUCGUGGAGACCGCUCCUGCAUCUCGAGGAUAUGAGGGCGGGUUUGGAGUCAGCUUGAUGAAAAAGGAUCUCAGAUUAGCAAUCACGGCGGCGAAGGGGUCUGGCACUCCCCUGGCCCUGGCUGAAACUGCUCGCGAGGUAUACAAUUCUGUCGAGCAGGAGUACCGAGGCAAGGACUUCUCGGUCGUGUACAAGUGGCUGCAAGACAGGUCAGAGCAGUAG